GCCACCAACAAACACACACAAACAGAGACACCUGUACACACACACAGACAUGUACAUACACACACACACACAGAAACAUGUACACACACGCACGGAGACACAUGUACACACACACACACACAUACAGACACAUGUAUACACACACAAGCACGUACAGACACGCAGACACAUGUACAUACAUACACAGACACAUGUACAUACAUACACAGACACAUGUACACACAGACACAUGUACGUACAUACUGUACAUACACACAAAAACACACACAUGUACAUGCACACACACAAAGACACAUGUAUACACACACACACACACACACACACACACACACGUACACACAUACACAAACACACACACACACACACAUGUACACGUACAAACAAAUACACACACACCCCAUAAAAAGUUGCAGUACUUCGUUGUUCACUCACAGAUCCGGGUACUGCACUCUAGGGGGAGGCAGAGAGCACAGCACACACUCCUUCCUUUGCUUUCACUGCGCUCAGCUAUCGAGCAGUCUGACAGCUCCCAGUGCCAAUGACAGAUCUGGCCUGAGCUCCGAGCCUGUUCAGCAAUAAGGCCCUAGGGGACACACUCACCCCACCAUUAUUUCCACUCACCAUUGGCAAGCAGGCGAGUAGAAAUUUCAAGC